GGCGCACCCACGCAGAUUUUCCUUCCCAUUAUGGCAGCUAUAAAUUUAGAUCGUGAACUGAACAAGUACAAAGUUGCAUAAUUGUCCAGCUUUUACUAAAUCAAAGUUAUUCCACAUGAUAAAAUACCAUACGAUAAUUUUGGCUUUCUGUUUAAUUCUCCAUUUUGUUUUCUCAGAGGGAAGAACAAAGGAUUAUGAUAAGAAUCUAGGCUCGAGAGCAGUUACAAGGCUGUGCGGUAUGGAAGGAGAAGAUUGUAUGGCUGACUUCAACUGUUGUGAAGAAUACGAAUGUGGUCCACAGUUACAAUGUCGGCUUAAGGAUAGUGGAAAUGAGAUUUUUGGAUCACCACGAAAGUUGUGUGUAGCCGAUUACGAUUGUCCGCCUGGAUGGUGUUGCGAAGGCAGACUGUACGCACGUCAAUGCAAACAAAACUGUAGAAGAAUAACUGAACCAAACGUUGUUCCAGCUGGAAGUUAUUAUGGUCGACAGUUUUGGAAUUUAUGGGCACACAAGCGUCAUAUGGAUCAUCUUCGUUACUAACAAGUGAUAAGAAAAUUCUGGAAAAAGCAAUUUAUUUGUUUAUUUAUUUAUCAUCUAACAUAUAUCCAAGAAUAAAGCACGUGCAAACAUGGUUGUGAUAAAUAUGAAUGGUUGUGAUAUAACCGGUUGUGACUAUUCUUUAUUCGCUUUUAUUUUACAAGAAAGCUUAAAUUUAUGCCUACAUGUUGACCAAUAAUAGUGUUAUCACUAAAUUACACGUUGUUCUUAUUA